AUGCCCCCGACUCUCUAUGUUAUUCGCCAUGCACAAGGCGAACACAAUGUCAAUGACUCUCACCAUCUCCGGGACGCACUGUUGACAGAGACCGGGAAAGCGCAGUGCAAAGAACUGCAGGAAAAGUUCCCACACCUUGAAGAUAUCGAAGUCAUUCUUGCAUCUCCGCUUCGACGCACUAUACAGACUGCUGCCUUUACCUUCACACCAGAGCUUGGGAAACGACAAGUUCCUGUGAUUUUGGUGCCCAAAGCCCAAGAGAUCAGCGGUUUGAGAUGUGAUAUCGGCCAUGAGGCUUCUGUUAUGAAAUCGGAAGCCCCAAAGCUGAUCGCUGAUGCUGCCCCUGCGUGGGACGCUACGAACCUGGACAUCACGUUUGUUGACGAGUCGUGGAAUUCAAAGCAAGGGAUCUACGCGCCUAAUUUAACCGCCGUUCGGCAACGAGCUGCCGACAUGCGAAAUUGGAUCUACAACCGUCCAGAGAAGCACAUCGCGCUGGUGAAUCACCGGGGGUUCUUGCAUUACUUGACCGAAGAUUGGACGGGCUACGUAAGAGGAAAAGGCACUGGCUACUUGAAUUGCGAGUAUCGGAAAUUGGAAUUUACCGAAGAUUCUAACGACAAGGAGUCGCACAUUCGAGAAUGUGGUAGCACGUUG